AUGUUCAGUCGCAUCAGAGCUCCACUACACACCGCCAUUCCUCGAUUCUUUUCCACACCAAUCCACUAUUAUCUUGAAUCAUUAUUGAUGGAGCGUGUAACUGAGCAUUCAACAGAGUCUUGUUCAAAGAAAUCAAAGGGUUUGAACAUUGGAGAAUACCAAAUUGAGGGUUUAUCCAUUGGAGGCCAUGAAACUUGUAUCAUUGUUCCCAAGUUUAAUGUAGCUUUCGAUAUUGGUCGUUGCCCACCACGUGCUGUUUCUCAAGACUUUCUUUUAAUCUCUCAUGCUCACAUGGAUCACAUUGGAGGUUUACCAAUGUAUGUUGCGACACGAGGUUUAUACCGAAUGAAGCCGCCGACGAUUAUUGUACCAAUUUCAGUAAAAGAAGAUGUAGAGAAACUCUUUGAGAUUCACAGGAAAAUGGAUCAAUCUGAGCUUAAGCACAACCUCGUAGGCUUGGAUGUAGGAGAAGAAUUUUCUCUGAGAAACGAUCUUAAAGUUAAAGCUUUUCGGACUUAUCAUGUAAUACCCAGCCAGGGUUAUAUACUUUACUCUGUAAGAAAUAAACUUAAGCCAGAGUAUAUUGGUCUUUCUGGAAAUGAAAUUAAGAAUUUGAAGUCAUCUGGUGUCGAGAUAACAAACACUUUGGCAGAACCAGAGAUUGCUUUCACAGGAGACACCACGUCAGAUUUCAUAAGUGACGAAAAUAACACUGAUGUCUUGCGGGCAAAAGUUCUUGUAUUGGAGUGCACCUUUCUUAACAAUUCAAUAACCGUGGAACAUGCCAGGGAUUAUGGACACACUCAUUUAUCUGAGAUAAUAAACCAUGCUGAUAGAUUACAGAACAAAGCAGUCCUUUUGAUUCACUUUUCAGCGCGUUAUACAGUAGAGGAAAUUCAACAAGCUGUAAGUGCAUUGCCACCGUCGUUAGCUGGUCGAACUUUUGCGUUUACUGAAGGUUUUUAA